CCCGGCUCGCUGAGGAGCUUCACCGAGCGUGACGCGCUGACUCCCCUCCCCGCGGACUCCCUUCCCCGCGGCCCGCCCGCCCGCCUCACCGCCGCCUCCUUCGCUCCUUCAGAGCGGGCCAGCGGCCGGGGCGGAGGCCCGGAGGCGUCGCGGCGCCGAGAGGGCGGGCGGGCGGGCUUCGGAGCGCCGGGAGGGCCGGGUCCGCGGCCGGUCGGUGCGCGGCGGGCGGGCGGCGGGCGCCGGUCUAUAUGGCGGCGGCUCUGUCGGGCCUGGCUGUCCGGCUGUCGCGCUCGGCCGCCGCCCGCUCCUAUGGGGUCUUCUGCAAGGGGCUGACCCGCACGCUGCUCAUUUUUUUCGACCUGGCCUGGCGCUUGCGCAUCAACUUCCCCUACCUCUACAUCGUGGCUUCCAUGAUGCUCAACGUCCGCCUGCAGGUUUCUUGGGAUCCAGCCUGCUGUCCUUCCCUUCUGAGCUGCCAGCACUGACUCUGAUUUCUUGAGAUUCCCAUCUUCGGAUCAGACACAGUUUCCCCACUUCCUGGUCAUCCCCCCAAACAUGAGUGCUUGUCAUCUUGAAGAUGUCACUGUAAUUACUGUGAAGAGAAAGGAGAACGCAAGAAGGCUGGAAGCUGCCCUUCCUCACCUGCGGCCAGGUUGGUCCUGCUGGGGCCUCCUGCAGCAUCUCUUGGAAGACCUGCCAGGCA